AAUUGGAUUCCGGGUGGUCCGUCUGACGAUCCGCGACGACCGGGAUCGGGGUGGAUCUCGGGUACCCCGAGCGGAAGACCGUCUGGGUACUCGGGUGGGUACCAGGGCAGGUACCCGGACGCUUCGCAUCCGGGUUCUCGGGGACCGGGAAGCGGUUGGGUCUCGGGUUCACCAGGUCGAUAUCCGGACGACAAUCGACUGUCGCCCUACCCAGACCCAUCGUAUCCGAGCAACAGGUUCCCCGAUCGAUCUCAAAACAAUCGCCUCCCGGAUAGGUACCCCGAUUGGGUGUCGUUCACCCAUCAGAACGGGGCCGGAAGGAGGGUGGGGUACUUGCACGAAGACAGGAACGGACCGGAGGAGAUCUUGCUCAUGGCCGAGAUGAAGACGGAGAAGCCGAAUCGUGACUCUAAAUCUCGAAACAGGCGAGAAUCGAUCCCCGAGGAGUCCAACUCGACUUCCGGGUACUCUGAAGAAUCGACAAACGCGGAGGUUCGAGGUCCAGAGCCUUUCACCGAGGAGGAACCGGCGGGAGAAGUCGCCGUUCGUGGCGAUUCGGGACCGGACGGCAAGGGAUCCGGAGAUGGAAAUGCGACCGAAGGUGAGACGGUGUUCACCGAAAUCUCGUUCGUCUUCGCCGAUCCGAAUGGCUGUGAUUGA